AUGAUAGUUGACGAGGAAUUCACGUAAGUUUUCAAAAGUGAUCUUUUACACCAUUACUUUCUGCAGAUCCGCAUCAAUUGAUGUUCCUGUAUGUGCGGAAAACUCAGAGUUGGCCAUUUCAACUGCCGACGACGGGGUAUCCUAUGCAUGUAACCAUCAAAGACAGACCUGGAUUAAGAUAAUUAAACUUGAAACCUGCAAUAGGAGCGAGCUCUCGGGAAUAUUAACUUUUAUCAGUCAUCUACAGUCGCUUUCACCCUUCCGGAUCCUUUCUCAGGAAACACAAGAGGCCGACAGGCGUGCAUUACAUAACACAAAGUGCUGUGGAGUAUUCCUUCCGCAGUCUAUAUGCCUUAAAGACACAGAUCUGGAAAUUAUUUUCCCCUUUUGCCCUGCCGGAAGCGCCUGUGACAUAUUGAGGCCACAAAGCGUUGAUGGUGGCCUGCCGGAAGUGCUCGUAGCCGCAAUUUUUGCCCGUGCCGUUCGCAGUUUAAACGAACUCCACUGCGCUGGCUGGUUGCAUCGUGCCAUUUGUGCUCGCCAUUUGCUGUUUUGCAAAGUUGCUGAGGAUUCAACGGAGUUGGAUGUUGCGUUUUGCGGCCUCGGCAGCAUGACACCUGUUCGGCCAUUUGGUAGCCAAGCUUGUCGCAACGACCUCCCCAUACUCGAUGCCUGUUGGCGAGGCUGGCAUUAUCAAAACCUUUUGGAGCAGGCCUUUAGCACCCACCCUGUUGCAUGGUACAGUCCCGAGGUGUUAGCUCAAGAUUUCAGUGGCUAUGGCACGCCCUCUGAUGUAUACAGCCUGGGCCUCACUCUGGGUGAAUUGUUUACGGGCAUCUCCCCUUUCGUUGGGACUGUUUCUCCUUCAGUAAUCUUUCUGAAGAAAUUGUGCCUAAAGGAACCACUAAUACUCCCCAGUGUAAGUUCAUGUCUCCUCUUCACGGAAUUCAUUUUAUAAGUAUAUUCAUGGAAGUUUUUGGCCCUCCCUUAAUGGCAUGCUUUUAUGUCCCGACUUUUUAUUUUAUUUGAUCGCUUUCGAGAAGCAGUUGAUUGUUUUAGAAAAAAUAAGCCCUGAGUAGAACACGAACCUGUUCGGUGUCGCCUUAAAGUUUCCACUCCAGACUCGGCUAGUCUCCAUAUAUUCGGUUUCUGCACCUUUUUUGUCGCGCCUGUUCAGAGAGGAGCUAGCUCGAGUCUCAACUGAGUGAGGUAGCAUAGAGGCCCCAUUAUGGAGAAGCCAUUGUAGCUUAACUCCAUGUCCUGAUAGGAGCACCGGGUUGUCCUGUUGGUUGGAAGCUUCUCAAGCCACGGCCUUUGGCGCACCAUGAUAGAUUCAGGCGUGUCAGACUAUGUGUAGUGAAGAACAUACUCUGAGAUUCGACCUCACCCCUCUUUCCUCCUUUGAACCACAUGAGUGAGAGCUACUAAAAACGUCCUCAUUUGACCCAAUUGUGAAAAACCCACGACAACAAGUCUAAGGCCUCAUCACAGCCUACGCGACCAGGAGCAGUGUUUAAUCCAUUUGUUUGAAGAAAGCUCAACAACCAUGUCCUUAGCAAACGAACCACCGAUGUAUCGAAUAGGCCCGUGGCCAUUCAAACGCGCCGAUCUUAGCAUCAUCUGAAUGAACUCAUUGAUCAACGUCAGAAACAGCCAAUAUGUGGGUACCUGCGAUAAUUGAACGAGCGGUUGUAGCCAUUGGAGCUAGCGAUCCAGGUAACCGCAGACGUGUUCACCGGGAGUAAGAUCAUCCUGAGAUCAUUAGGACAAGGGAGCAAUUAAAUGACUUUUGGUAGAAAUUGAAAUAGCACUGGCAUUCUAGUAGUUAGGAACAGUUUUCAUUACGACAGACCGGGCAAGGAGCUCGUUUUACGAGUCGUACACAAAUAAUGCUGACCAUCUGAAGAGCCGAUGGCCAGAUGCCAUGGCUCGCCAGAGGCCAGAGGAUGGCUCAAUUCUGCCCCCUGGGACCCUUUCUUUUCACUCCCAUUGCUUGGUGCUAUGGCGAUUGCCUGAUUAAUGCGACUUUUAAGUCCGUCUGGUUGAUAUGUUGCGACGGCGUCAGGAUGCAUUACGACGAAGCUAACGGUGGCUGUUCCUACUUUCAGCUACCCGACCGUCCCCCAAGCCCGGAGCUUCAGCGCAUUUUCAACAUGUGCACUCAUGUGAACCCCAGAAGACGCCCCACAACGGAAGCAUUGUUGCAAGAGCCCUGGGUCGCCGCCGGCCUUAGGUACAACUUGACCGAAGAUGACUUAACUCCCUUCAGGUGA